GUGACGUCACAGCGAGUGUGUCACUCUCUGGCAGGCUGACCUGGAUCUGCUGCUGCUGUUCAUAUCAAAACACAAUAAAAAUAAAACUGAGGAGGUGAAUUAGAAACGGCACAACCAAAAAGAUACAUGGAUAUGGUGUUGUUAGUCCCCGUUACUCAGGAGUGAGAGUCGAGUGGAAGCUGUCCAGGGAACACUUACGACGGCGUUGUUUUGUUGUUGUUUUUAAAGAGGAGAAAACCCCGCUAGUUGCUCGAGUCCUAGAGAGGUUGCUGUACGACCCGCCGGAAAAAUAACUGCACCAUUGCAGCAGUCAGUGCAUGUUUGAGCUAAACGACAAGGCCUGCCUCCACUGUCCACUCUUCUGUAAGAACAAGACAACCGUGGAAGGAAGCUGUGGUUGCUGUAGUAUCUGUGUCGAAUGUGGAUACAGAAGGUCUACAAAGUUUAGAGGCUCAACUAUUGAAUGAUACUUUGAGACAUAGCAUACCUUCCCCUCCUGAAAGGAAUGUAUCAUGGCAUCAGUGGUAGUUGUUGAUGGAGGAGGACCUGUUGUGGAAUAUGUCAGUGUGAUGGAGAAUUCCCAGCAGGAGGAGGAGCAAACAGAGGAGUACCCAGCUGUGAUUGUGGAACAGGUUCCAGAUACCAGACUGGAACAAUGCUAUGCAGCACAGGUGCUGGUCUAUGAUGAUGACACAUACCUUAUGCAAGAUGUUGCAGAAGAACAGGAGGUAGAGACUGAGGUUGUGGAGUCCGUGGAAGCAUCAGUACAUAGCAGCAAUGUGCAUUGCUCAGACAAAACAAUCGAGGCUGCUGAGGCCUUGCUUCAUAUGGAUUCUCCAACCAGCCUAAGAGAUGACCGGAGUCCAGUUGAGGUAUUUGUGCCUCCAUGUGCAUCAACGCCAGAGUUCAUUCAUGCCGCCAUGAGGCCAGAUGUUAUUACAGAGACAGUAGUAGAAGUGUCUACUGAGGAGUCGGAGCCUGUGGAAGUGUGUACAGUAAUUGAUGCCCAGGAAAUGGAGCCUGUCAAAAAGAAGAAAGCUGGUCGUAAGCCAAAAACGCAACAACCGACUAUCUCUAAUGGGUCUCCAGAUUUGGGCAUAAAGAAGAAAAAUAGAGAAGGCAAAGGAAAUACAACCUAUCUGUGGGAGUUCCUUUUGGAUCUUCUCCAAGAUAAGAGUACUUGCCCACGCUAUAUCAAGUGGACCCAGAGAGAGAAAGGCAUCUUUAAACUUGUAGAUUCAAAAGCAGUUUCCAAGUUGUGGGGUAAACAUAAGAAUAAGCCUGAUAUGAAUUAUGAGACCAUGGGAAGAGCGCUAAGAUAUUACUACCAAAGAGGCAUUCUGGCAAAGGUGGAAGGUCAGCGACUUGUCUAUCAAUUUAAGGAAAUGCCAAAGAACAUCAUUGUUAUUGAUGAUGACAUGUCUGAGCCAGGCAAUGAAGAUGUUCUUACUGCUGCCACUGACAAAUCAUAUGAACGUGUACCUCCUUCUACAGAAAGCCUUCUUUCACGAUCUGAAUUAUCAAAAACAGCAGGUUUUCUCCAAGAAGGGGUCAGGAGUACAAUACACCAGGGCCAAACCAAAGUGGUGAAAAGUACAUCACCACCUAUUCCUCAAAUUGUGAGCGUUUCAUCAUCCAGUGAGACUUCCCAGCACCCAUCCAUACUUCCCAGCACAACAGGUCCUAGAACGGUGCGCGUGGCCAUGCAGGUGCCAGUGGUGAUGACGUCUUUGGGGCAAAAAAUCUCGACUGUGGCUGUCCAGCCAUCAAGCUCAUCAGUUCUUACUAAUACUAGUCCCACUACCGGCACAGCCCCUAAGGUAGUCAUUCAGACAAUCCCUACAAUGGUGCCUGCAAUGGCAGAGAAUGGAGACAAGAUUACUGUUCAGCUUGCCAAGAUCAUCACAAUCCCUGCCACUCAACUUACACAGUGCCAGCUUCAAACAAAGACGGGGCUAUCAGGUGCCUCAAGCAUUAACCUCAUGGGCACUCCAUUAGCUGUCAGGGCACUUACUCCAGUAUCUGUAGCACCAGGAACUCCUGUCAUGAGGCUGGCCUUGCCGGCGCAGCAGCACCAGCAACAUCAACCCCAGGCAGCCACUCAUACUCCAGCCCGUGUCAUUAGUACCAUCAUUAAAAAGCCAGAGACAAGGCCAGAUCAAAGCAGCACACCAACGAUGAAGCAAGAAGUGGAAAUGACACAAGUGACGAGUUCCAAAGCAGUGACUGUUGCUUUCCCUGUUACAGUUAAAACUGAAGGAAGUGAAGGCUGAAAUUGUGGAAAUGAAUAAAUAGAACGACGGGGUAUUAUAACUGACACUGUCAUUUGGAUAUCUUUGUCAAGAAACUCAUUUUGUAUUAUACAACAGUCAAAUGGACUUUAAAUGGUUACAAUUAUUGAUCACAAAAGACUUGUGCAGAAUAUUUUUUACAUCUAUCCCAUUUAUUUAUAAUGGGUGUUUGGUGUAUGUGGACUUAACACAGAUUAUUGAUACAAUAAGAGUGAGUAACAAAGCAGCACAUUUCUAAUUAAUGGAGAUCAGAGAAGGGACCAAGUUAAUCACUACAGUUUUCCCAAAACACUAAUCAUCCAGAACACUAAAGCAAAAUAAAUCAGUGUUUUGUUGUUUUGUUUUUUUUUUUUUUUCUUUCUUUUUCUUUUGAAUUGGAUCAAAAGGCACAGGGCUGUGAGAAUUAAUGCCUAAACAUGUAAAUCUGUCUUUGAUUUUUGCAUUUCAGAUUGCAAACCAGCAAUUGUUUGACUAUCACUGUGUGCACGUAGUACCCUUUCUCUUGGUGCUAAGUGGAAACUUCUCACAUUGCUCUGAGGAAAUAUCAAAAUAUGUUCAUUCUCUACUUUUUUUGAAUGAGGGGGGAAAAAGGGACUUUGAGUCAAAUGUACAGUUUAAAAAUCUUAAACAAGGAGCCUUAGAUUAAUGUUAAUUUUGUUAUUUUUUUAAUUUCUAAAAUAUGCGUGUAAACUGUGUGUGUGCAUGCGUGUCUGUGCAUAUAUAAUA